UGUUAACAAACAGCUGUUUCCAGAUGGCAGAAUGAUCACACUAGGAACUUAUUCAUUUAUUUAUGUUAGAUAUAUAAUCUAAAGUUAAUAUACUUUCUCUGGAAAAGUUUCUUACGUUUGUCUUCACAAGAAAAGGGAUACAUAUUUUAAAAAGGCGCGAAAGCAUAUAAAGCAAACAGAAUGAUAGAAAAUAACAUAUCUAGUGAAAGUGAUGAAGGAGAAAUAAAAUCAGAUUUUGAAGCGGAUUUCCAAAAAGAACUACAUAAUUUUCCCCAUAUUUUAAGAUUUAUUCAAAGAAUGCGUGAUCACAUUAAAAAACAAAACAAAAAGAUUGCCAAAUUACAAAAUAAACUCAGUGAACAUAAAAGUAAAAAAUUAAUGGAGAAGAAAACCUUGAUUGACUAUGGAACUCAAACGAAUCCAUUGGAAUAUGAAAAAGAAUCAUGUCAGGAUUGGAAUGUUAAUAAUGAUAGAACAUCAACUAGUAUUAUACAACAAGUUAAAGAAGUAGCUGAGUCUGCUUUGUUGCAAACUGGUUUUGUCUAUGAAGAAACUUCUGGUUUAUAUUAUGAUUACAACAGUGGAUAUUAUUAUGAUGCGAAACAAGGUUUAUAUUAUGAUGGUAAUACAGGUACAUAUUACUAUUAUGAUGAAACUAGUGGAACAUAUCAAUUCCAUAGUCAAGCACAAGUAACUGUGAAUGAAGCAGCUGCACAUGUGAAAAGCAAGAAGGAGCAGAAAACUAGAAAGACAACCAAGGAUGAGAGGAAAAAACGCAAACUUGCGGAAAGAGAAGAACAGUCGGAAGAUGAACUUGAGGACGGUGAAUGUUCAAGCAAUGAUAGUGACAGCAAUUCUAAUGACAUUACUCCAGAAUUAUGUACUAGUAGUGACAGUGACCAUGAGGAAGAUCAAGAUUUAGCGAAAACCUAUCCCCCAUGCAUGAGAAUCAUAGUUAAGGAAACCAAUCUAUCAAAAUUAAAAAUUGGGAGUCUAUUUUUUGUUGCAUAUACUGGUGGUUCAAUUGGUCGUGAAGGUGAUCAUUCUGUAGUAAUACCAGAUAUAAAUAUAAGUAAACAUCAUGCCCGCAUUUUAUAUAAUGAAGAUAGAAAAAUAUACGAAGUCAUUGAUUUAGGAUCAAGAAAUGGCACGUUCUUGAAUGGUAAAAGAUUAUCUGUGGCUAAGCAAGAAUCUGAACCUCAUGAAGUUUCACAUGGUUCUAUUAUACAAGUUAGUACUACGAAAUUGUUGUGUCACAUUCAUAAUGGAAAUGAAACUUGUGGCCACUGUGAGCCAGGACUUGUUCAGCAAAGCAUUAACGCAGAAGAGAACAAAGCUUCUAAAAAAGACCAACACAAACAAGAAUUGAGACGGCUGAAGCAUAAGUUUGGCAUAGAAAAAGAUAAUGUCGCAAGUGCUAGUCAAUUAGCAUUGGGGUACCAAGACAGAGCGCAAAAUCGAAGACAGUGCAUUGGUUCUUUGAAUCAUCAUGCUAAAACACAACAAAGUUCAAUGGAUACAUCUAUAGCAAAAGACAACAGGGGAUUUAAAUUGCUAUCAAAAAUGGGCUGGUCUGAGGGGCAAUCCUUAGGGAAGGAAAGAGAUGGACCAACUGAACCGGUACCUUUGACGAAUAAUCCGAGCAAAACCGGUCUCGGCGCGACCAGCGAAUUUCCUACAAUCGAGCUAGAUUCUACGACGGAAAAGAAGCAGGCGCUGUGGCGAAAGACCCAGCAACGUUACAAAGAAAUAACCGACCAUGCGAAAUAAUUGCACCGUGAACGUUUGUCGGGAAAAACGCUUGAUUUGCAUUGCACGCGCUUUUUCAUCGUCUGUCACGGUAAGCGAAGACAAUUACGUUCGACCGUAAAAAUUCUCAUCACCGUCAUGUGAAAUACGGAAUUCCGAAAAAUUCUAACGCUCAUUGCUAGACGAUUUUUGAAUCGUAUAUACAUAGAAACAAAAAUAGAAACAAAAAUAGAAAAUCGAGUGGAAAAUAGAAACAAAAGUGUAAAGUAUAAAUAAGAAUAUGUUAAGUUGUUAAUGUUACAUAUGAAUUUCUCAUACAUCGAUUUAUAAUUUUUCUCUAGUAUGAAUUACAAAUAUUUUUGUAAUAAAGAAUAUUUCUCCUAA